AUGGUAACCGUCUGUCCCAUAGUAACCCUGUUUAAAGGUGAGUUCGUGUUGAUCAGCUGAUCUGGACUCAGUUUUUCUCUCUGAGCGCGCUCUGUGGGGUCAAAGGUCAGAGAUAAGAGCUCAUCAGCUGACCUCUGCCCCGCCCCCCCCAACAUCAUCAUCAAACUGUCCUCCUGAAGCUCCGCCCCCUGAGAUCAGCUGACCUGCUUCUAAACCAGGUCUGAGUCCCUGAGGAGGUCUGAACUGGAUCAGGACUCAGGGGGUUUAUCAAAGACCCCCCCCCAGUCUGAGUACCUGUCCCUGUUUCUGGACCCUGUGGGGGUCCAGUCUGAGUACCUGUCCCUGUUUCUGGACCCUGUGGGGGUCCGAGAGUCUCUGUGAGAGAAACAGUUAAAGAAACAGUCAGUAACAUCAGCUCUGUGUCUGUGUUCCUGCUGCGUGUGGGCGAGAGCCUGAAGUCAGACUGUGUGCGUGUGUGUGUGUGUGUGUGUGUGUUUUAUAUGUGUGUAUAUGUGUGUGUGUCUGUGUGUGUGUGUGUGUGUGUGUGUGUGUGUGUGUGUGUGUGUGCAUGUAUAUGUGUGUAUAUGUGUGUAUAUGUGUGUGUGUGUUGUUGUCUCUCAGUAGAUCAGUGUAAACACGACCAUCUCUGUUUCCUCUGAGAGGAAAAACACUAACCCCCCCAGACAUGUCUUUUUCCACUGACCUCCACACACAGACACACACACACAGACACACACACAGACACACACAGAGACACACACAGACACACACACACACACUGCGCUGAGGCUGCUGUUUGUCUGUGUGUGUCCUCAGAGACGGUCCUCCAGCCUCAGGGAGAGAGCCGGAAAAACACAGUCAGAGAAGAAGAAGAAGAAGAAGAAGAAGAGGAGGAGGAGGAGGAGGAGGAGGAGGAGGAGGAGGAGGUCUGUCCUGAGGACCGCUGA